CUGUGCACUAUGUAGCGUGCAACGAUAGCGCGAUGUUACCAUGGGUACCCGAAAAGUGGUGUGCCCUACCCCUCGCUUACUACUUAGUGGAGCAGUGUGAGGAUUGAGACACAGCCAGUGUGUUUCACUCUACGUUAGCCGUGCUAAAUACAAUGAGUUUAUAACUUCCAGGGUCUCAGAGGUGAGAAAUGUCUGUGGCGUGUUGGCAGAAGCUGCCGGUGCGGCAGUUCACCAGAGUGCUGUCCAACACCAGAGUGCUGACCUGCAUAGGUGUGCAAACUUUUGAGAGGCUUAACAGUGAACACGGCCCUACACGAUGUCUCCGGAGAGUGGUCAUUACUGGAAUUGGACUUGUGUGUCCGCUGGGGACGGGGACGGGUCUGCCCUGGGAGCGUCUGAUUGCGGGAGAGAGCGGGAUAGUGUCCCUGGACCCAGACGAGUACAAAGCAGUGCCGUGUAAAGUAGCGGCUCGGGUUCCCCGAGGACAAGGUGACGGAGAGUUUAAAGAAGAAAUGUUUGCUUCACGUGGGGAGAUAAACAGCAUGUCUCAGGCCACGGUGAUGGCCCUUGGCGCUGCUCAGCUGGCCCUGCAGGACUGUGGGUGGUAUCCCGGAAGCCCUGAGGAGCAGCUGAGCGCAGGGGUGGCUGUAGGCAUGGGCAUGGUGCCUUUGGAGGAGAUCGCUAGCACUGCUGCUGCUUUUCAGACGCGUGGCUACAGCAAAGUGAGUCCCUUCUUCGUCCCUCGCAUCCUGGUCAACAUGGCCGCCGGUCACAUCAGCAUUAAGCACAAGCUGAAAGGACCCAACCAUGCAGUGUCCACUGCCUGCACCACAGGGGCUCACGCCAUCGGAGACGCCACCCGCUUCAUCAUCCACGGAGACGCCACGGUGAUGCUUGCUGGUGGAACCGAGGCAUGUGUCAGCCCCCUGGCCAUAGCGGGCUUUGCACGGGCUCGGGCUCUGAGUACCAGCUGGAACGAACAGCCCAAGCUGGCAUCUCGACCAUUUCACCCACAGCGAGAAGGAUUUGUAAUGGGCGAAGGUGCAGCCAUGCUGGUACUGGAGGAGUAUAAGCAUGCCGUAGAGAGAGGAGCACGGGUUUACGCUGAGGUGCUAGGAUACGGACUUUCGGGAGACGCCAGUCACAUCACCGCCCCUUCUGCAGAUGGAGACGGAGCUUUCAGGUGCAUGUCAGCUGCUCUGCGUGACGCCGGCGUGUCCCCAUCAGACGUGACAUAUGUGAACGCCCAUGCCACCUCUACGCCACUGGGGGACGCUGCAGAGAACGCUGCAGUAAAGAGACUCUUCCAGCAGCACUCGCAGCUUCUCGCUGUUUCCUCAACUAAAGGGGCCACGGGGCAUCUUCUGGGAGCAGCCGGUGCUCUGGAGGCAGCGUUCACAGCCCUCGCAUGCUACCACGCCAUCCUGCCUCCGACUCUGAACCUGGACCGAACCGAGCCUGAGUUUGACCUGAACUAUGUGCCCUGUGCUGCCCAGCCCUGGAGGACAGGAGGCAGGAGAGUCGCACUCACUAACUCGUUUGGGUUUGGAGGCACGAACGCAUCUCUGUGUCUGGCCAGUGUGUGAGAUUUAAUGAAUGCUGCACUGAUAAGCGUCAGCUGAGCUCCCUUCCAUUACACCUUACAACCAGUCAAAGGUUUUGGACACACUUACUGUUGAUUGAAGAUAUCAUUUUCAUUGUAUUAAAUACAUUUAAAUAAAGGCUUACGGUUCAA